AUGGUGUUCCAGGGCCUGGAUUCGUGUCCUCUUCCACCGCUUUACAAUUUCACCAUAUACUUCACCCAUCCGGACGUCAACCCGGACAAUGUUCAGCCAUAUGAGCUCUUCAAGGCGAUCAGAGAAGGCUCCCUACUGGAGAACUUCUGUCACUUCCGCCUCGAGCUAUCUUUCCUACAUGUCCCAAAUGCAGAGGAUUCCGACGAGGCCUGCAUCGCCCACUAUCGUGAGGAAAAGCGCAGCCGGGGAGAAUAUACACGUCAGGUCGAAACACUAGGGUUGUCGUCCACUAUGGACAGUGAGAACGGUGCCGGUAGUCUACCCGGCUUGGUACCAAGUUACAUCGAAGACCCGGACACCGAGUAUUACCAUGGUCUUAUCUACAUCUACCGAGGACCUGAUUGGACUAUAGACAAACAGUUUAAUGUGUAUAGUUCGCUCGACCACGGGGCAGAUGAACCUGACAUUCUUCCGGCCAUCGCCAUCUUUCCACUAACGAUACGCCAUUUGGAAAAUCACAAUGUCAAGUCGAUUGGCGAGGACAUGUACUUCAAAUCCUUUCUCGCAACAAACAAUGUCACGAAUGAACCGUGGGAGGAGGCGAUCAGGCUUGGAUGGUCCACCUGGUGA